UACUGAAUAGUCCUGCUGAGCCUAUAGCUCACGUUGUUUAAUAGGUGUCGACCAACUUCCCGAGAGCAGUGACCCAUGAAAAGCCGUUAAGCGUAGAUAACCAAAAGGAUGCUACCGCGUUAGUCACGCCAGAAGCGCACGAACGCUGGCUUCUGUAGAUGCGUAGAUCCCACUUCCUCUGUACUCGCUCUUGGUUAUUAUACCUGUAACUCAUCGCAUUUAAGACCAGUGAAUUGUGAACAAACAUCGCUGUAAAAAGCACGCCGUUUAAAGUGGUCAUCUCAACAAAUAUAUAUUGGGAAAAUCUAAUCCGCCAUCCUAUUGUACGUAUUUUGUGUUAUGUGGUAACUUCUGGAAAAUCCCGAGCGCGAAUCUGUAUACGAUCUUCAUCAAGAUAUCUUUUUUUGCUGUUAGCUGACAACGCAGUCGUACAUAUUAUUUUCAUUCAUCGGAACUAACAUACUAGCGUGUGUGUGUGCUGAUUUGUUUGGUUUCACAUCCGUUUCAAUGCCAUCAGCUCAAUGAUCUUUGUAAAGGACCGUGAAGAAAAGGCACUUCCCGAGCGCUUCAAUCAUGGGUCUUGGAAGCGUUCCCGCGGUCACAGGAUUUGCUUUAUUUGAUCUGCUACUGCGCCAUUUAGAAAAAUUCGAAUUGGCUAUUUGUGCAUAAACAUGUCAAUGUACUCAAGUACCCACGAGGCGGGUUGUGUUUUGCCUCUCAGUUACUGAUACCUAGUUGCGAAGGGACUAUGUUCUCAACAUGUUCUUAAAAAUAUUUUUACUUUUUAUUUCUUUUCUACACGUAAAUGGAUUUAUUUUGUAGUAACAUAUUAAAGUAAAUAAUAUCCAUAAAUGCUUAGUUCGAAAUAGCUGAAAUAUUUAAUCAUUUGUCAAAAACUGUACUUUUUGUUUUUGGACGAAGAUGUAAAAAAUUUCUGAGAAGUGUCUAGCACGUAAAUUCUAAUGUUUGAUAAACAUUUAACAAGUAAAAACGAAUGUCUGAGAAAUAUCUAACAGAUCUAGUAUAUCAAUAGAAUUUCUGAUAAAUAUCCAAGAGAUAAAGACAAAUUGCUGAUAAACGUGAAGCAGAUAAAGAUGAAUCUUUGAUAAAUAUAUAGUUUGUAACACACUCACGUUAAUAAUUUUUUUGCUGCAAAACUAUCUCUAUUGCAAUGACAAAUACGUACACGCUGCGUGUCUCACCAGGUAACUAUAGGACGGGAGUCGUAGGAGUUGAAGUGUGAUAAUUAGGAUGUAAAACUACCCUAGCAGUGAUGCUUUUCCUUAAACUUCAUUUCUUCAGAAAAACCUGUACCGUAAAGUUUUAUCAUGUACUGGAGAGCUUAUUGACAAUUUUAUAGAAGACUAAUAAGUAUGUUAUAGUCCUCGUUAUUUUAAAAUCAAAUAAAACUUGUGUAAAACCAAGUUAAGAAUACAGAUGGCGGCAGGAAAAACGAGUAAUAUUAAUGUCAAUUCUGCGCUAAUGUGUAGACAGUGGUGGAAAGUGUGUUGGGUGUAUAGUGAUCAAUACAAACUAUACAGAGAAUUGUAUGGACGGAAGAAGGCAGAAGUCAAACCAUCAGAUGCAACAAAAGUAUGUCGAAAUUGCAAGUGUCCAAAAGAAGAACAUGGGGGAAAGAUGACUACAAAAAACAUACCAGAGACAGAAAGUGUUGCCCAUAAGAUGACCCUACCAUUGGGCAGCCACAGUGAAAGUCAACAGCGUCAUCUACCGUCAGAUAAUGACAGUGGGUGUGCUCUAGAAGAAUACACUUGGAUCCCGCCAGGUUUAAACCCAGAACAGGUCCAUUUGUAUUUCUCGGUACUUCCCGACGAGAAAGUUCCGUACGUGAAUAGUGUUGGGGAAAAAUACCGAAUUAGACAACUUCUACAUCAACUGCCACCGCAUGACACACAACCCAGUUUCUGUAAUCAACUGCUCGGAGAAGAUGAAAAGAAAGAAUUACGGCAGUUUGCGGCACAGCGGAGGCGAGAAGCUCUCGGCCGCGGAAACGUGCGACAACUUCCUGUCUUGUUACAGUGUCCAGUGAGCUGUAAAAAUUGUGAAGAAAUGAUAUCAGGAGGAGAUAUCUGUGUGACUGCUAACAGAGUAGGUACAGACUGUUACUGGCAUCCCGCUUGUUUCGUGUGCUGUGAAUGUAAAGAACUGCUCGUGGAUCUAAUAUACUUCACGAAAGAUGACAAACUCUACUGUGGUAGACAUCAUGCCGAAACCGUCAAGCCUCGUUGUGCGGCUUGUGAUGAGAUCAUAUUUGCUGACGAGUGUACAGAGGCUGAAGGUAUGGCUUGGCACAUGAAGCAUUUUUGCUGUUUCGAGUGUGACAUGCGCCUUGGAGGACAAAGGUAUAUCAUGAAAGAUGGGCGACCUUAUUGCCUAAACUGUUAUGAUUCUAUGUUUUCCGAAUACUGCGAUACUUGUGGCGAGCCUAUAGGCGUGGACCAAGGCCAAAUGACCCACGGUGGUCAACAUUGGCACGCAAUGAAGGAUUGUUUCCGAUGUUACACAUGCCACUUACCAUUACUUGGCAGACCCUUUCUGCCAAAACGUGGGCUCAUUUAUUGCUGUGCACAGUGCAGUAAAGGGGAAAUUCCCAGACCGAAACAAAAUAUAUUCAAAGAGUCAAUGGCGCCAUCUAGAGAGAAAAAAUUUACAGAAAACGAGUUAUUGUCACAUGGAGAGGCGCCUACUAAAAUUUCUCCUCUGACACGAUACAAAAGCCAUGAAAAUUUGUGCGGGCAGAGAGAGCUUGAAAUAAAAAGUGAAGACAAAUGUUUUCUACAAAAUUCGUCUUGUUACUCCGAUUUUGAUCUCGACAGUCAAGGUGCCAAAGGCUUGAUUAGUUCAGUCAGCCGUACUAGAGGACCAUUGAAGGGACCACUUGUGUCAGAUGAUGCCUCAUUGUUAAACUCCACAAUCUCUGUAGACUUGUUGCAAGAAAUACAAUAUUUACAAAGCCAGUGCCAACUACGAAAGACACAGCAUAUAUACAGCAGCAACGAAAAUAGUGCUCCUGUUUUCCCUUCUAAACAGUUACCAGUUAACUCCUCAAACUCGUGUCGAAUUUUACAAUCGUCUCCCAGCUUCACGUCUAAUAACAAUAAUCCACAGUUACGACCUCCUCUCGCUAGAUCACCAUCAGAUCAUAUGCCUCGCCCAAUCGUCAGGUCAAAUUCUAACUGCAACAGCGGAGUGUCUUCAAAAAAUUUGUCCGUUCGGUUUAACCCCAUUCUCAUAAAACAUCCUUUGGAAAACCAUCCAAGAAGUUACAGCUGUCAAAAUAACGUUAAUAUGAGUAGCGCACAGUCAAGGCUUAAGAAUUCACAAUUUUGCAAGCCCUCAAGUAACAGUGGCGUCAUGGGUGAGAGUUCAACGUCGUCUGUAGUUUCAUCUACUCUCCAAAAUUUUGAUGACAAUACUGACAGCUGUAUGGUGUCUGCAAGCCCUUCCCACUCACCUCAUGACAGACCAAACGCGCAAGACUUGAAUUUAUCUGCACAACUCAAAUCUAAGCCACUGUUUUCACCUGUUGAGAACAUAGUGACACACCACGUGACUGAUUUUCCUUUUCAGAAUGACAGAGUAGCUGAGAAUUUUUUAAUUCCCAGAGAAAACGAAGAGGAAGAAGACAGUUGUAGUACGUGUUCUACUUCCAGUUCUGACGAGAUUUCUUACGAACUACCCCCAAGACGGGCAUAUGGUGGGGUUAGAAUUUCCUACGUCAGCAGUGAUGCAUUAUCUGUUGCCAAGCAAAAGCACAGAAUUUCAGAUGACACUACAGAAAUUACUGAGAAAAAGGAACAAGAUAAAAACUGUACCAUAUCUUGACAUCACUUUUGAGUUAAUAGUUUCUCGUUUUGGAAGUAGUAAAACAACAUCUACAAAAACUCGAAUAAUGUUCGAAAUGUUUUGAUAAAAAGUUUUCAAAGAUCUAAACGAAAAUUUUAUAGAUAAUGUUGAUCUCGAUGAAUCAAAAUUGAGAUUAUACAAAGUUUAUGCAUUUAUACCACCAGUAAUAUAAUAAUCAUUGUUGUAAAUGAAUUACAUUUCGACAACUUUACAUAAGAUUGCUGUUAUUAAAAAGCAUAACGUUACGAGCUUCUUUAAACACAAUGUAUGAAACUUAAUAGUCACCAUAUGUCAACAGUGAAGUAUUAGUUGUAUAUAGUUUUAAUUUUUCCACAGCUAGUAAUUCACAAAAAGGAACAUCGCCGCUUUUUCAAUUCAAUACCUGAAAGAUAAAGUGCUAAGAAAUUAAAUUUCGAAUAAAAUAUUAGGCCAAGAAAUCAUAUUGAGACAGUACUUAAUUUCUUUAUGAACAUGAUUUAUGGAAACCUUUCAAGUGCAAAACGCACUCCGUUUUCAUAAUCAUUCAGCGUUGUUUCCAAAUAUUUUCCCAACAGGUCGACUUUUUUUCUUUACGCAAUAAAACAAAUAUUAAUAAAUCUAUGACA